AUGAUUCCCCUCAGACAAAUCGGCUCACGAGCCGUAAGGCGCUCUGCAUUCGGAGCAGCAUCUCGUCUCGGGUCCACGAGACAUCUUUCCGCAGCCGCUGCCAGAUUCCAGCAGCUAGACGUCAAGGUCGUCGACGACGGCGUCUUGGUUGACGGGCUCGCGGGCAGCGAUGCCCGCAGAUCGACUCUUCCGCACUUUUGGUUAAGCCAAUGCGUGAACCAGGACACCACGCAAAGAAACUUCAACACAUACGCCAUAAGCGAGGAUAUCCGUCCGGUGGAAGUCAAGUCCGAAGAGCAAGGUAUCAAGGUAAAGUGGGAGCAGGACGGUCACCAGAGCUUCUACCCUUGGCAAUUCCUUAAGCAUUACGUCCAAGAUGACCACCGCAGUCCGGAGCAGGUCAACUAUCACUUCUGGGGCUCGGAUGUCGGUAACAGACGUCCAGUCGUCGAGUACGACCACCUCAUGAGCUCGGGAGACGAAUCAGGCGUCGCCAAGCUGACGAAGUUGAUCCGCGAAUACGGCUUCGCCUUCGUCGACGGAACCCCCUACGAGACCCCGGAACCGACCCAGCGCGUCCUCGAAAAGAUCGCCUUCAUCCGCGAGACGCACUACGGCGGCUUCUACGACUUCAUCCCCGACCUCGCCAUGGCCGACACCGCCUACACCAACAUCGCCCUCCCCGCGCACACCGACACCACCUACUUCACCGACCCGGCCGGCCUGCAGGCCUUCCACAUGCUCUCGCACGAGGCCCCGCCGAACCAGCCCGCGCCCGCGGACGGCAAGCUCGGCGGCGAGUCGCUGCUCGUGGACGCCUUCCACGCCGCGCGGAUCCUGAAGCGCGAGGACCCCGGGGCCUACGACAUCCUCGCCAAGGUGCGGCUCCCCUGGCACGCGAGCGGCAACCAGGGCAUCACCAUCUCGCCCGACAAGAGGUACCCCGUGCUGGAGCUGGACCAGGAGACGGGCGAGCUGCACCGCGUGCGGUGGAACAACGACGACCGCGGCGUCGUGCCCUUUACCAAGGACGUGUCCCCGACGGAGUGGUACGCAGCCGCGCGCAAGUGGGAUGCCAUCCUGCGCAGGUCCGACGUCGAGUACUGGGUCCAGUUGAAGCCGGGACAGGUCUUGAUUUUUGACAACUGGAGGGUGAUGCAUGGCCGCAGUGCUUUCGAGGGAAGAAGACGCAUUUGCGGUGCCUACAUCAACCGAGACGACUUCAUCUCGCGCUGGAGAAACACAAACUUUCCCCGCGAGCACGUUCUGAACCAGGUUGUUGGUUGA